AAUCGAAAUCAUUCGUGCCACAGAGCAAAUAAUCACUACGUCUUUAAUUCAGGCUUCAGGUUUAACGAAAAAAAAAUAGAAAUGGAAAAAAUAUUAUUUGUUUUUCUUGCAUUCGCUUUUGUAUCACAGAUCAAUGCAAAGACAUUUCAAAGAUGCGAAUUGGUUCAGGCGCUCAGGAGUCAAGGCUUCGAUGAAGCAAAAUUGAGAGAUUGGGUGUGCUUGGUUGAGAACGAGAGCGGUCGUAAGACGGACUUAGUCGGGAAGCCAAAUAAGAAUGGAUCCAGGGAUUAUGGCCUGUUCCAGAUUAACGAUAAGUACUGGUGUAGUAAGACCUCUACAGCCGGCAAGGACUGUAACAUUACGUGUUCCCAACUCCUAACCGAUGACAUCACCGUUGCGUCUAAAUGCGCCAAGAAAGUAUACAAACGUCAUCAGUUCAUGGCCUGGUACGGUUGGCGUAACCACUGCCAAAACAAACCGCUUCCUGACAUCAGCAAAUGCUAGUCUGCGUAUAGAAGAAAUGCUAUACAAUAUUAAUAAAAACAUUGUAAAAUAUAUGUAACUAUAUAAUAAUAGUAAAAAAAAA